AGCAGCCUGUGUCAGUGGUUGUUGCCAUGGAGGACGCGCCGGUCGCUGGCUACGAGGGUAAGCGCAUCGUGGUGGUGGGCGCCGGCGUGGUGGGGGUGACGACGGCGGUGCGCGCGCAGCGGCGGCUGGCGGGGGCGGAGGUGGCGCUGCUGUCGGAGCAGGUGACGCCGCACACGACGGGGGACGGGUCGGCCGGCCUCUGGGAGCCCUACCUGCUGGCCGACACGCCGCCCGCGCUGGUGCAACGCUGGGCCGUGGAGACGUACCGGCACCUGCUGUCGCUGUGGCGGCGGCCGGAAGCUCCGGAGCUGGGAGUGAGCCUUCUGCCGCUGGUGUGCGUCAGCCAGCAGCCGCCUGGGCCGCCGCCGGCCUGGGCGCCGCACGUGCUGGGCUUCACACCCCUGCACCAGCACCAGCUGGACGCGCUGUCUGCUGAGCACGGCAGGCGCUACACGAGCGGCUUCAGCAUGGUGACGCUGACGGCGGAGCCCGCGCGGUGGCUGCCCAGCCUGCUGGAGGAGUUCAGGAGCCGAGGAGGGAAGCUGGUGCACCCGUACUCCGUGCGCGACCUCAGACAUCUCGAAAGGGAAUACGACGCCGUCGUCAACUGCGCCGGCCUCGGCGCCGCCAAGUUCGUCAAGGAUGACGACGACCCCGUCUUCCCUAUCCGCGGGCAGGUCGCCAGGGUUUAUGCGCCUUGGAUCAAGCACGUCUUUUUGGAAGAGUUUAGCGGUGGGAACUACGUAAUACCAAACAUAGACUCGGUGGUGCUGGGCGGCACUAGCCAGCACAGAGACUGGGAGUGCGAUGUGCGGCCAGAGGACUCAGAGCACGUGCUGGGUGGCUGCGCGAGACUGCUGCCUGCGCUGCGGAGUGCACCCCUGCUCGUCCAGUGGGCAGGGCUGAGACCCGCCAGGCGCCGAGUGCGUCUCGAGGCUCAGCGCCUGCCCGGCUCAGCGCUCAAGGUGGUGCACAACUACGGGCACGGUGGUGCAGGCAUAACUCUGAGCUGGGGCUGCGCUGGACACGCCGUUGACCUCCUGCAGCAGGAGCUGACAGCCUGCAAGCUCUGAGGGCCACCGUCGUCGUCUGCUAGAGGUUUUCCUAGGGGUUCCAGUUCCAGUGCAGUCAACCAGAAAGCCGUUACAUGAAAAAUAUUACUACCUCUACACCUUCAUCUACACUGUGUCAACACCUACAGCGACUACAGCGAUCACUUUGAAGUGUGUGGUAGAGGUUGCGCUCCACUGUACAAUAUGUUAAAGUUUCUUCCUGUUACAAUCGAGUGAGGAAGAAUUGCUGCUUAAAUUCCUCUGCGUGCGCUGUAAUUAGUCUAAUCUUACCUUAAUGAUACCUACGAGAGCUAAACGUACAGGGUUAUAGUACAUUCCUAGAUUGCUCACUUAAUACUGGUUCUUGAAACUAGAGGAGACAGCUCCAGCAGGAUAGUUGGCAUCUUUCAUAAACCCUCUGCCAGUUCAGGUUUUCAGAAUGCUCUCCUAUUCGUGCUGCCAUUCAUUGUAUACAUUCAUUAAUCCCGGAUAGUUCUACAUGGAAUGGGUCAAACUCACCUGAGAAGUAUCCUUAAAUGAAUUGCAAGAGUGCUUUGUAAGAAAUUUGUUGUUGACUGAUUGUAUUUUCCUAGUUUCCUACCUAUGCUCCGAUGUCUGCCACCCACUUUGCGUACGACUAAGUCUAUGUGAUCAUUCCAUUUCAUAUUCCUGCAAG